AGAGAACUUGAGAGGUUUUUGAGGAAAAAGACAGCUAGAGAAAAAUGGACGUCCUAAUUCUUCUUGUGUACCUGGUGGCACUUUUAAUGGCUGCAUUUAUUGCUGUCUGUGUUAUAGUCUAUAUCAACAGUGAAAUGUAUCCUACCAUAAAAGUCUAUGAGAGUGAAAAACAGUAUGAAGAUCCAGGAAUUGGAGAGAAAUUUGAUUUCCCAUCAAUAAAAGAUCCACCAACUAGGUCCUUAUCUGUAGUUGUGCCAGCAUACAAUGAGGAAGCUAGAUUACCAGUUAUGAUGGAUGAAUAUGGAGUACUAGAAAAAAGAGCAAAGACUGACAGCAGUUUUACCUAUGAAGUGAUCAUUGUAGACGAUGGAAGUAAAGAUAAGACCUCACAGGUUGGGUUGGGGUAUGGGAAGAAGUAUGGCACAGACAAAGUAAGGGUAUUGACCUUGGCCAAGAACAGAGGCAAGGGUGGAGCUGUGAGGAUGGGUGUGUUUAGAUCUCGGGGAGAAAUGCUUCUUUUUGCUGAUGCUGAUGGCGCAACCACAUUCUCCGACUUGGAUAAAGUGGAAGCUAGUCUGAAGAAUAUUUGUGCCGAUGAGAAGACACUAAGUGAGGCUAUUGCUGUAUCAUGUGGAUCAAGAGCUCAUUUAGAAGAGGAGUCUGUUGCUACGACAUUCUUCAGAACGCUUUUGAUGUACGGUUUCCACUUCUUGGUGUGGCUGUUUGCAGUGCGUGGAGUUCGAGACACACAAUGUGGCUUUAAACUUUUGACACGCCGAUCUGCCCGUAUUUUAUUCAACAGUUUACAUGUUGAGAGAUGGGCAUUUGAUGUUGAGAUGCUGUACUUGGCACAAGUUUUAGGGAUUCCCAUAGCGGAAGUUGCUGUAGAAUGGCAGGAAAUCGAAGGCACUAAGAUGACCCCAGUGCUUAGUUGGAUCGAGAUGGGACUAGAUCUGGUCAUCAUUUGGCUCCGUUACACACUAGGAGCUUGGAGAAUAAGGGUGAUAUGGCCAAGUGCCAUCACACUUCUAGUUAAGGUGUAUUAGUAGAGAUAAAUAUUGUGUUGAGGAAAGCAGUCUUAAGAAUCGGUAUUUUUGUAUAUCUUGUUUCUCGGCAUUUAUAUAUUUUUUAUUGGAAGUACCUUUGUCCACUGUACAUGUUGUAUGAGUGUUUAUUGACAAAUGCCUCAAAAUGCAGUGCUUUAAAUAAAGGUAUUACAAAUGAGGAAUAUAAGUUAAAGGAGAAUAUCUGAAUGAAAAUUCCGGAUUUUGUAUUUACAUAUAAAUAUUUGAUAAAAGAUUUAUAUACUUUCAAGCAAUAUGUUAACUGAGAAGGCUUUGAAUAAAUAACUUGCCCU